AUGUUUCAAUCCUCAGAAGAAGCUUCUGAUUUGUUCAAAAUCGGUUACUGGUACAGUGGCAGCGACUUUCCCGUAUCUGAUAUCAACUCUGCAUUCUACACUCACCUCGUAUGCGCUUUUGCAGAAGUCAACACUUCCACCUUCGAAAUCUCCCUCUCCCCAACAAACCACCAACGCUUCUCCACUUUCACGAACACUGUCAAACUCAACAACCCUUCCGUCACCACACUUCUCUCCACUGGCGGAGACCAAAACAGCGACGCCAUCCAAUCCAUGCUCAGCAAAGCCUCCUCAAGGAAACCCUUCAUCCAAUCUUCCAUAACAAUGGCCAGGCUUUACGGCUUUCAGGGCCUCGACCUUUCCUGGUCCACCAUCAAAACAUCCUCCGAUGCAGACAACCUGGGACAGCUCUUCCAAGAGUGGCGAGUUGCUGCAGAAUCUGAUGCCCUAGCUAACUCUUCACUCCCACAAUUGAUCCUAACUGCUGCAGUUCAAGCUUCACCCGAUUUGAAUAACGGUUCCUACCCUGUGGACUCAAUCAGAAGCAACCUUAAUUGGGUACAUGUUAACACAUACUCUUACCAUACACCCAGGACACAAAACUUCACUGCUGCACCUUCAGCUCUAUAUGAUCCUAAUGUUAGUUACAUCAACACAAACUAUUAUAUCAGGGCAUGGAUUGAGAAGGGGUUAGAUGCUAACAAGUUGAUUUUGGGUUUGCCUUUCUUUGGAUCUGCAUGGAAACUCCAAAAUCCAGAUAGCAACACAAUAGGAGCAGUGGCAACGGCUCCAGCAGAUGACACUGACCAGGGAUCUAUAAGCUACAAGGACAUAAAAAAUCAAAUUCAGCAACAUGGGGCUGCAGUAGAGUACAAUGAUAGUUAUGUUACAAAUUACUGCACAUUUGGGUCCACCUGGAUUGGCUAUGACGACAUUGAAGCUGUUCAGAGGAAGGUGUCCUAUGCCCAAGAAAUGAGGCUACUUGGUUACUACGUUUGGCAAAUUUCCCACGAUGACGACAAUUGGACACUUAGUCGCGCAGCAGAUCAAUUUACGUUCUCAGCUGAACACGUUGACGACGACAAAGAGGAACGAUGGAAAUUGUUAGUGAUAAUUUUGAGUGUAACUGCUACCGUUAUACUCAUGUUAGGGACACUACUCAAUGCUGCCAAACAUUCUUGGACUAAAAUCAUGAAUAAUAAUAAAGAAGCUGGAGAACCUUUUCGUGGGAAUGCUCCAGAUUUACAUGUCUAUAGAUUUUCUGACAUUAAAGCGGCUACAGACGAAUUUGCACUUGAAAAUAAGAUCGGACAAGGUGGUUAUGGUCCUGUUUACAAGGGCAUCCUACCUGAUGGUCAGGAAAUAGCUGUAAAAAAAUUAUCAAAAGCAUCUACACAAGGAUUCGAGGAAUUCAAAAAUGAGGUAACACUAACAGCAAGGCUACAACAUGUAAAUCUUGUCCGGUUGUUAGGUUUCUGCAUUGAACGAGGGGAGCAGAUGCUGGUGUACGAGUACAUGCCUAACAUAAGCUUGGACUUCUACCUUUUUGACGCAGAGAUGAAGCCAAAGAUUUCAGACUUUGGGAUGGCAAGAAUAUUCACAAAAAAUGAACAAGAAGCAAACACUAGCAAGAUUGUGGGAACAUAUGGUUAUGUUCCUCCUGAAUACGUUAGACAAGGCGUCUACUCCACUAAGUCUGAUGUCUAUAGUUUUGGAGUUCUACUCCUACAAAUUAUAAGUGGCAAGAAGACUCAUGGUUUUUAUGGAGAGAACGAAGAUUUAAAGCUCUUGGAGUAUGCGUAUGAGUUAUGGAAAGAAGGGAAGGGUAUGGAGUUCAUGGAUGAUUUACUAGAUGAUACAUAUUCAGAGUGCAAACUAAUGAGAUGCAUGCAAGUUGGUUUGUUAUGCGUCCAAGAACAUGCAAGUGAUAGGCCUUCCAUGGUAGAAGUUUGUUCAAUGUUGAGAAACGAAAAUAAGUCUCAAAGCAUCCCCAAGAGACCAGCAUUUUCACAGGUGGAAGACAAGGAAGAUGAAAAUGAGUGCCAACCCUUAAAAAAAUUUUCAGUCGACGAUGGAACCAUCACUGAAGUGAUUCUUAAUAGACGUGUGCAUAGUGAACUCGUCCACGACAACUGUGUGUAA